AUGCACCGCAAUCGGAAUUUUUAUAUCAGCAAGCGGAAACGCGUUGCUGCGGCGAAGGGGUUACAAAUAACCUGCAUGACUGCCGCAGUUGUGUCAGUGCUGUGUUUUUGCUUCCACGCUUUCGUUUCUGGUUCUGGUGUUAUGGCAAAUUUUCGUGUGAGAUGCAAGUGCAGCAAGUAAGAGCAGCGUCUUUUUUAGGCGAACAUAGAUGCACUCAUGUCUUUUUAUUAUUGUUUCUAGCAGAACAAGCUAGAACGAAGCAAAGGCAUCCCCGCCUCAUCUUAUCCUACCCUAUCCUAGAACUAGAAGAGCCGGAGGUAAGGGCCCUUUUCUUACUUAUUCCACUAACUUGCACCUAUCUACGUGAGGAACGUGAAGUAAACUAUUUCAGGACUUUACUCCGAGGAUAAUAAAUAUAUUGGCAGGAAGAUGGACCAUGUUUCAUUACCUAGAAAUCACUUUAGAAAUACUUCUGCGAAGCUAGAUAAGCUGUAGUUAACUUUGUGGGAAAAGUAACUAUAAAAACUUCAACUCUUCAUCGUGAGAAACAGCAGAGAGGACUUCGGGGUGAGUUGGCUCGUCUAUCUUGUUUAUAUCGCGGCAAACAGCUUCUAGAACUACUUACAACUACAGCUAUUCACUUGAGAUCUGUGCCUCUAGUGCUGUCCGGUUUUUUCUUAAAAGAAGUUCUAACAUUGGCGCAGAGACGGAUACUGUGGACGACCCUGCUUCGCCUUUCUCUCGUCCCUUAUUCAAGACUGGCAACAAGACGCCGACCAUCUAUGAGGAUAGCAACACUAAGGCUCAACAAAGCGAAGGAAGUAUGUUGUUAGAUUUAAGCUCAGCCUUACACUGUCUUAGACUUUUAGAAUUAGAAAGCUUUCAGCAGCAGCUUCUGUCAUUUUUCAGACCAUUGGAAGUAGCUAGGUGAAGGCCUCACUUCAAACAUUUUCUUUCCAUCAUAUUCGCAAUGCCUUGUUUCUAACCCUCGCUACUUCCUGGAAACGCUAUCCGAUCGAGCGGUUUACUCGAACAACGUUCGCAGCGCGGAUUUUUUGGAUUACAGAUUGGAUUCUGGCAGCGUCCACAAUGCAGAUUUUUUGGACCACAGCGUUGAAGAUAAUGCAAACGCCUUCAACCUUUUGAACGACGAGGACACAUCAUACAUGGAUGACAACUCUCACGCAGCUGGUGCAGACGCGCCUAGUGCUGUUGGAGUAAACGCGACUACUAGUGUUGGAGAUGUUGUUGAUGGGGCCGCUUUUCUGGAUGUGGGGUAUCAGGAAAAACCUAGGUUAGGGAGCAGGGGGGAGAUGAGUGUGAUGCAUUUAAAGUACAAAGUAGACGUGUGCUCCCCUACUCGCAGCGCUCCCACUUCUGAGCCGUUAGGGGAGUUCGUAAGGGAUCGUAAUAGAUGCUGUAAAGACUCCUGUAACUUUAUCAUAGAGGGGAUGUAUGAGGUUGAACUUGAAAAUGAUGAGGUUGAGAUCGUCCAUCACGGUUUUGAGCUCCUCUUGGCAGGGAAUUCAAGAUCAGAAAGACCAGAUGAAAAGUCUCAGUGGCAGGCUGUAACGAAGUCAAAUUUGGGCUCCAUGGAUGAGGCCUCCAUUGCGAUUUUAGAGGAGUUCCUCCACAUGGCAGCUAAGUCGCAUUUUGAUUCGCCUACGAAAGAACACGGACGCCAAGUGCUGGUUGGCGUUGAUUUCAUAGCCCAAGGUGAGAAUCAAAAAACGAUAACUCUUGCUAACGGUGAGGCAAAAAGUGAAUAUACUUACAUGUAUUUCUGGGAGAUGUGCGAAGUGUAUGAUGGGCAUGAGCCGACUGCGGCGUCAGCUGUGUCUGCAUCUAAUGGGGCUGCUCAGGAUAAGAAAGUAGCACUUUCUAGUUUUUCGUGUCGUGCGAAUUUUUUACCGCAGCAUCUAGAGCACGAAUUUCUCGCAUUUCGCGGAAGGAAAGAUGUUCUACAAAUAGAGGGGUUAGCGGAUAUAGCGAAAGCGACUCAUGACACGUCCACCCCGUUCACAUAUGCCAACGUGGUUCAGGUGUUUGGUGACUCUUUUCGCGAGCACGUGCUGACCGUGUGGUGCACUGUAAGUAAAGAGAUAGGCUUCAGUAUGGGCCAUGUGCGGGACCUUGAGUCAUUGUUUAUUGAUUUUCCUCUAGCUCUACGCCUUCUAAGCCGGAAUAAAAAAUGGUGGAUGUGGCGUACGAAGUGGGACUCAAACACGGAGCAAAGGCAUCCUCCACUGGUGUUUAGUUUCGUGGGCGGUAGUAACCCAUCUGUGAAGCCUCUUGGUUUUGAUUUGGUUUCGGAUGGUCAUAGCAGCGAGGUGUUGUCACGAUAUUCGGAUAAAAUAGCCGACUACCAUAGUUAUAUCUCGUUCAGGCAGAUGGAGGCCAGGAGCCCCGCUGCUGACCUAAAGAAGACAAUUUCAGGCCUAGAGUUUGACUUCGUAGGUCGUGUGGUAUCGGCUAAGGGGGUGAAAGCGGGCCUUCCUAGUACCGGAUUACCAAGUCAAGAUGAGCAAAUGCAAAAUGCUGUCCCCUUCUAUGACAUUUUCCGACUUCAUCGCGCUCAUCUAGACAUUGCUCAAAUGGAUCCCUCUUCGAGCAAUCUCAAUUUUGUUGAUUAUCCUCCUGGGAGGGGCGAUGAGAGUCAAGCAAGCAAAAGCCGUAUUCAGAUUUCAGAUGUUGAGACAUUUCUCCUCCGCCCUUCUGUGGGUCUCUGUAGUGGUAAGAGUAAUCAGGCCCGUUUUCCCACCCAGCUGGAGUGGGGUCGCAUUCGUGCCGUCAGUCCAUCAAGGAAAGGGUCCCCCAAUUAUGAGAGACAAGGAGCAGACGAGGUUAUUGCCCCCAUGAUCGAAGCCGGGGAAGACGCCUCAGUAGUGACACUCGCGUUCGGGCCUUCCUCUCCUAAUGGAGAGGAAGCUGCUGCGCAAGUGUUUUUAACCACGCGUGUCUCGUCCGCGGUUGUCAGGAAGCCUCUUCUCAAUCAAGAGGCGGCAACGUCUGAAAGCUACAAGGGUGCGCUGCGUGCAUAUAAUAGUGUAAAGCAAGAAGCAGGCGACACCACGUGGAGCCAAUGGAGCCUCAGCGGAUGGCUUGUUCGGCCUGAGCGAAAAGACAGGGUGACAGAGAUGAGUGGCUUCGAGUUUCGCUUGGUGGGUAGUUUGGGUGAGGGAAGUGCGGGGGUGUUUCAAGGGAUAGCGAAUACAGGUCAAAGUCAUGCCUUAUCCCUUUCAGUGUACCAGCUGCAUCGCAUCAGGAUGGACUUAAAGCCCUUAGAUUUAAAUGACAACUACUCCCUAGUUUACAGGGAAGAGCCAGGGGCGCCACGGUUUGAGCUUUCGUCAGACAAGAUGUACGUCCUCGCUAAUGCUCAGGGGGCGUGCGAUGACAGGUCAGCGACAGUAGAGAGAAGGUGCACGCUCUCAUUGCCUAGCGCGACUCAGGCAGAAAAAAUUGCCAAGGGUUUGACAUAUGAGAACCUUUGGUGCGGCCUCAGGGGAGCGCUUAACACCGACCCUGAGGGGAUUAGUGCCCUUUUACCUAAUGCAGAAAGGUGGGCCCCUAGUCCACUUGUUAUCACUGAGACGCUCGUCUUUGAUUAUGAGACCGACCUGAAAGGAAUUCUAGACUUGGAGUCGAAGGCCUUAACAAGUGCAGGCGUACUUAAACCGGGUUCGCUCACGGCCAACUCCAAGUCUUCUCGUCUACUGCGGAAGAUUGGCUUCAACGCCCGUCUCCUCAUGGAUGGGAAUUCCGUCAAGAAACUACAAUCGCUUCUCAAGGCUAUAGAGAGUUUUGACGCAGGUGAGAGUGCUAUAGAGAGUUUUGAUGCAGGUGAGAGUUUCGGUGGUCCGUCUUCCUUUUUACUACAAGAGGAAGGCACGUCGAAAAUAGACGCAGGACUAGCACCAGCGCCCAAGAGUAGCAGGCCCGAAAAUGGGCAGUGGAAGCUGCCGCCCAUAACAUCCGGAAGCCGUCCAUUUCAAUCGGGACACCCGGAAGCGCCCGUCCAGCCAAUCGACCCGGCAGGGGGUCCGCCGGCUUCUGGGCAUGGAGGUCGAGCGGCUCCAGCUGGACAGCGGACGGUCCGAGGCUUGCGUGGACGCCUUGCCCCGCUUCUUUCCGCCCCGGGUACAGUGACUGCUCCUUUGACAAAGCGAAGCAGUGCCAAGGGCAGUCGGCGAGGUUGCUUGGGGGUUUCGCGGCUUCGGUUUGACUAUAUAGGGGGCGUCAGUUUUCCCGUUAUGCCUUUCAUGGGGGACAGGGGCACUCAGGAUGCCGCCCGUUUUGGAGAAGUCUCCUAUCUUGUGUUUCAGCUGCGUGGCAUUGAUGUCGACAUAUCCGUAAAUGCUUAUGACGGUGCCAACAUGGCUUUUGCACUCGGUGAUAGAUCUCAGGCUUUUCGAUCUAAAUUGGGGCGUGGCGCUUUUCUGCUAUAUUUUUUGACCAAGCCGCCUCGAAGAGGUAAGCGCGAUCUAGGCCUGUGCCGUGACGCUGACUUUGAGUUUCUGUGGCUCCGUUUUGCCACAGAUUCUGAGGCGGAGGCCCUGCAAGGCCUGGCCAAACAAGGGCAGGGAUCAGUCGUAAAUCCAGGUAAGCAAAAGGCUCAGGUUAGCACUUGGGGGGGUACUAGUAUUGGCGCGGCCCUCGAAAUGCAGCGGAAAGAGGAUAUGGAUAGGGCUACAAAGGCUGUGCGCCUUGUGUUUGCGUCUAAGCCUAGUGCAGGCGGCGACGCGAGGGAGGAGGGUGAAGCAGGGGCGUCUUGGGCUGGCGUGCCUUUACACAUGGAGGAAAGCACGAAGAAAAAGAUGGAGGCUUUGAAGAGCUACGUUCUUCGCUAUAACAAUAAUAGAGGGGGAGGGGGGCUAAUCAUUAGCGGCGCCGAAUAUCGUGUGAUAGGUAGUUACCAAAGCGUUGCCGGUGCGACUAAAAGUCGAAACAUGCAGGAAGAUCUCCUAGUCUUCACGCCUCAAAAGGACGAUCAAAAUACUAGCACAAGCAACGCCGAAAAGCUUGUUUUCAAGUUUUGUCAUAUCAGUUUGGGCCCCGGGCCGGAAGUUGUGGCGGCUGCACCAAAAGGAGCUGCGCGCUUUGACUUUGAAGUGUCGUCAGAUGCGUGGUAUAUACUUCUUUGGCGGUCACAGGAGCCCGGGAAAGGCGCCUCUCACUUUGCCUGGAGAUUUGCUACUGCAAAGGAAGCAAAAACUAUCUCCAGGGGGACUGCCGUGGAUGUAGACUAGAGAGAGUGCGGUCGCUUCUUCUUGUAAAAAAGGAGAUGCGGCCGUGCCUAUGGUUUCUAGUUUGAGGGGCAGUUAGAUUUAUAGAUGUAAAAGUAUGUGUAGGUCGUGGAAGGAUGGGGCGAAGCAAUGGCAUCGGGAUGGGGUUUUGUCUUGUUGUUUGUUUUUGCUGCAUGAGCUUUUUUUCUGGAGUUUUUUUUUCUUGGAAGGUUUCGGGCUGUAAAACUAGAAGUGCGGGCUGUUGGGAAUUAAUAGCAUUGAGGCGGGGCGGGUGGUGAUUGAAAAAAAAGGGGAGGCUUCUUGUAUGUGUUUUGUAUACGGAGAGGGACUAAGACUUAGAUCAAGGUCAAUAGAUCGGUUCCUAAUACGAGUUCUACUUUAGUUGUUUGGGGAAGCAGGGAGUCGACAUUGGGAAUGGAUUUUGGUUCUUUGGGAAAAUAGUUGUAGUUUGUGGUUGCAAGUUAUUAGGAACAAUGGGAAGAUGAGGGCGGGCCUCGUAUACAUAUUGUUCAAUAUUGUAGGGUAGUUGCUAGACCUAGACGGGCCUGAGAGGGCAAAAGGGCUUUGGAUGGUGUUGCGGAUUGGGAGGGUAAGCAGAAGCGAGGGGACAGGAGUAGGUCUUGGGAGGGUGAGUACUACAAGGGCCCGCGAGGAUGUAUAGAAUUAGGGCUUGGAAGGGUAAGUACUGGAAGGGCGCGGGAGGGUGUGUAGAAGUAGGUCUUGGGUGGAGGGUAAGCAGAAUGGUGGGUGUGGGAGUAUUAGUAGGCCUUGGAAGGGUAAGUCCUAGAGGUUCGGGAGGGCGUAUAGAAGUAGGUCUCCGGAGGGUAAGUACUAGCAGGGCUCAGGAGGAUGUAUAAAAGGAGGGCUUGGGAAGGUCAGUAGGAGGCUGGAAGGCGAGGGUAUCAGUAGGUCUUGGGAGGGUCUAGUGGCGGGGUAGUGUAUAUGGAAAUGGUAGGGUAAGAAUUAGAAGAAGGGGG